CCGCCAUCUUAGCCAACAAACAGAAAGAAACGAACAAAAACAUUUCUUUCAAAUCGAUCCAUCCCGAAGCUCAUUUGGCAAAACCAUUGCUUUUCUUUCUGACGCAUACUCAACAAAAUUAACUAAAACAACUACACUAAUAAUCAUACAAUUCUUCCUCCAUCUUCCUUAAUCAAUCGACCAAUCACAUCUUUUAACCUACGCAAUCCGAUCCCCAUGGCAGCUGCAGCAGCAGCAGCGACGACGAUAACAGCACCACCUCUGGAUCUCUGCGCAGUCCUGAGCGAAUCAAAACGCAUAAUCAACGCACACUCCCGCCAUUUCCUCGCGCUCUCUGUUCUAUUUCUCCUCCCAAUCUCCUUCUCUAUCACCGUUUUUCCUACCCUUCAAAACCUCCUUACCCAAUCCUCCACUCUCAACUCUAAAAUCCUCCUAUCUGUCGUCGUUUUUAGUCCAGACCCGUCUCAUCUCUUUACUACUAGAACCCUUAUUCUCUCAAUCGCUUUCUCUGUCUUUAUCUUUGUUUUGGCUCUUCUUGCUCUUGGUUCUAUCACCUACAGCGUUCUCCAUGGAUUUUAUGGUAGACCCGUUAAGAUUUUAUCAGCUAUCAAAUCAGCUUUCACUUCUUUUGUUCCCUUAUUGAAUACUACCAUUUUUACACAAAUUAUUUUUCUUUUUGUCUUUCUUGUUUCUGGGUUUUCUUUAUUUGUUAUCAUUAAGGGUUUAAAACUCGAUUUCUCUUCUCCUUAUUUUAUUGGGUUUUCAGUUAUUAUAUUGAUUGUUUCAAUGCUGCUUUUAGUUUAUUUGCAGCUUAAUUGGGCUCUUGUAAGUGUUAUUGUAGUUGUGGAAUCGAGUUUUGGAAUUGAGCCAUUGAAAAGGAGUUGUUUCUUGAUCAAGGGAAUGAAGGGCGUGGCUUUGGGUUUAUUACUUUUUUUUGGGUGUUUAGUGGGUGCGUUGUUAGUUAUCAGUUCUGUAUCAGGAGUGACAUUGGGUAUUGGUACUAGUAAUGGAUGGAAAAGUUGUGCCUUUGUUUUGCAAAUUGUGGUGACUUCAACUUUCCUUAUGCUUCUUCUUCUUUAUAAUAUCGCCGCAAAUACUGUUAUGUAUAUGUAUUGUAAGGCUGUCCGUGGCGAACUUGCUUGGGAGAUUGCUGAGGAGUUUGCUAGAGAGUAUGUCAGCUUGCCUUUUGACGAUGGCAAACUGCCUCACCUUGUCUCUGUUGCUUAUGCUUGAGAAAAUUCACAGGGCUAUUAUGGAUGAUUUAUAUGUUCUUUGAUCACACAGAUGCAUAACAGAACGAGCAAAUUGAGGCAAGUAUAUACCAUUCGUUAGCUUGGGAUAUUUGUUUAGGUCAAUCUGAAGCCACCAAAUACCUUUUCAGAAGUUGAACUAAAUAAUUGUCAGAUUUGAUGGAUACACCCUGGAACACGAAGAGUUAACAAGACUGCCUCAAUGCAAAAUGUGCUAAAUUAUGCAAAGGUGGAUCUUGUUGCCCUGCUGACUUUCACUAUACCAAAAUUUAGCAAGUGAUGUCUAAAUCCCAUAUGUGAAAAAGGAUCUUGCUAAUUAAUGCUUUUCAUCACACUGUUAGCUCUUAUCAGACCAGACUCAGGUUAGUGGUUAGUUUGAUGUAUUUAGAAGUGCAGAGUCUCUAAUUAGUGGUUUUGGCGGUUGAAUCUAACUGUUUUGAGCAUCUGGAAGUUUUAGAGUUUGGGUAGGCAUAAGGACUAGCUUUAUCCUUGUCACAGUUUAUUCAGGAUGGUAGUGAGUUUUUUCUGCUGUGAAGUGGUUCAGCAUGGGCAACCUUAGAUGGCUGGUAGGAUUGGUGGCUGGAGUAGAACAAUUGUCCUCUAAAUAAUGCUUUCUGUUGGCUUCACAUUUUGAUGAAGCACUGCUGUAAACUUACUUGAAAGUCUUACGUCAGAUCUACUGAAAGAGAUUGCAGAUAAAUUCUCGAAUUCCUGUAAUUUGAUAAUAACAGGGUGUCUAAGCUUGUUUUAGUA